GUAUGUGAUAGUUGGGUCUGCUUCAAUUGAUGAUGCAAGCAGUAUUGACCACUUUGACAUGUACAGCAAUAAUGAAUCUGUCACUCCAAACCCUCGGUAUCCCCUGGAAGAUUACACAUUACACAUUGUUGACAUUGAAAUGGGAUGUUUGGUCAGUUCACGAACCUUCAAACAUGAUAAGAUUUUUCUCUCUCACAACCAAGGUCUCUAUCUUUACCGUCAAACUUUGGCUGUUCUCUCUGUGCAGCACCAGACAAUCCACAUAUUUCAGAUUACACCAGGAGGAAACUUUCUAGAUAUACGGACAAUAGGACGAGUCUGCUAUGAGGAUGACGAUUACUACCUAUCAACUGUCUUGCCUGACCGCAUGCAAGCUACAUAUCAGCAUGGAAGAGAGAAACUUAUAAAUUCCUUAAAGCACAGAUUAAUUCACAAGAGAUUUAAGAAGACAAUUAUCAGUGCACGUGGUGGGGGUGUGACAGUGGCUACAAAAAGACUUUUGGGUCAGUUGCCUAUUUCAGCCCAGUCGUACUCAGCUUCUCCCUAUUUAGACUUAACACUCUUCUCUUAUGACGACAAAUGGGUAUCUGUGAUGGAACGCCCAAAGAGCUGUGCAGAUCAUCCCAUAAGGUUUUAUGGUCGAGACUCCGGCCUCAUCAAGUUCAAUAUUCAUGCUGGACGCGGCAGUCUCUUUGGAUCUUCAACAUCCUUAUCGUCCACCAGAAGCCUUGUGGCAUUUACCUUUCAUCCAGCUGAUCCAUUUACCAUAUCUGUCCAGCGAGCAAAUGCAGAUUAUGUUGUAAAUUUCCAUUUGAGACAUAAACCAAGCUGACAGGGAUUUUACUCUAGGAGUGAGCUUGUGAUUCUUUGGAAUAUAGAUUUCUCCAAAGAUGUCAAGCUCUUUCUUUUCUUUCUUAUCUGCCUUUGCUGUAGUUACCAUCAAAAUAAUGUAAAGGAAAUAUAUUUGAUGUGAUGCUUCUAAGGAACUUGAAAUAAGUAUAAUGUAUUACUGUUUGAAAGGCAAGUCUCAAGGAAAUAUCUUAACUUUCAAAGAUGUUAUGUAGAUUGUUCUUCACUCUGUAUAGUGUUGAUUGUUUAGUUUUUUCUCCUGUGCCUAAUAUUUCAAGUUCAUUUUAGAUGACUAUAUAAUCACUGAGGCAAAGCCAUAGGAUCUUACAGAUAUGGAUUUUAUCAUAACUAAAAUAUGUAUAUAGAAUAUUUACAGUACUCACCUUAGUUACAGAAACAUGUACUAAUCUCAGAAAAAGAA